AUGAUUGCCUCAACACAUUUGUUCUUGUUACUCAUCAUUUCAUUCAUCUUCAUUUCCCAUGCCAUAUCACUAUCACCUAGUCCCAGAUCCAGCCCUGAAUUAUAUAAAAUCGUAUGUGCAGAUUCUGGAUCAAAGGAAAGUGAACAAAAAUGUUUGAAACUUUUAGAAACCAACCCUAGAAUAACUUCAUCAAAGGACUAUCUUACCCUUUGCACAUUAUACUUAGAGAUGGCAAUAGAAGAAGCCACAAAAGCUCAAAAUUAUCUCAAAAGUUUGGUAAAAGAAUACCCAUCUUCUGAAGCCAUCAAAAAAUGUGCAAACCAUAAUUACAAUUUUUUUAUCAGUGAAUUUAGGGUUGCAAUACCUCAGUUGGCUACAAAAUCAGACGGUGCAAGUUGGGAAGCCACAUCUGCUUUCUGGGGGCCUAACCAUUGUGAUGAAAACUUAGCUCGUGAAAAGCUAAGCGUUCCUUCUAUUUCUAAACUUAAUGAUGAAAUGAGAUUUCUUUGUUUUAUUGCAGGUGUAGCUACAGAUCAUCUUACACAAUGA